UGGUUCAAUUCAGAGUCGCCUGUACCAUCUCUCAGCUGAUAUGCAGCAACGCAACAAAGCAAUCCAGCAAUGCUCUCACUCUAUACCUGAGGAAGGAGAGAGAAACACCCUUUCCACUCUAUGUCGGACUGAAACUGCAUGCAAAUAAUCGCAAGAGAGACAGCAUUAACACGUUUCAUGUAUUGGGCAUGUCGGUGUCUUAUGACCGUGUCAUGGAUGUCAGGAAGAGACUCGCCCUUGCUGUGUCAAUGCGGUUUGCUGAAGAUGGAGUUGUUGUACCUUCUAACAUCAAGCGGGGAGUCUUCACUACUGGCGGAGUUGAUAAUAUCGAUGAAUCUGGUCGUACUGAGCUUCAUGGCACUGCCAUAUCCCUAACCAACCAUCAUACUCGUGACAACAUGGGUGUGGACCGUCCACCUCUCACGCUGGAUGCGCCCGUGGGUGCCACUAUCCACCUUCCUGAUGACUUUGCGAUUGUGCCAUACAUUGAUGAACAUGCUGGAGAUAUCACCCUUUCAUCAAUUCUAGAAGGAACAGCCAGGCCAGCUUUUGCUGAAAAUCUCCGAGCAGGGGAGCCUGAUGAAGCGUGGCUCAGCCAUGUCCACAAGGUCAUGACAGAAAAAGACAGCAAGCUUCAAGAAACGCCAGUGACCUACUCUGGUUUCUUAUCCCAUGGCCAACACACAGAAGAUAUCAAGCCAAGGGCCACAGUUGGAGUUUUUCCCAUCUUCUAUGAAAAGGCUUCAUCAAUGGCCAUGCAGAAACACUCAAUGUUUGUGGUCAAGAGGGCAAUAGAGUUUGUGAAUCCUGGCCAGGUGGCAGUCAUAGGUGACUGCCCUCUCUAUGCCCAACAGAAAAAAUGUCAGUGGAGGUACCCUGAUCAGGUCGGUGAAUCAAUGAUGGUGUGUUUCAUGGGCAUGCUCCAUGUCGAGAUGACGUCACAAGAUUGUGGGGUAAGCUAUUGGCCGGAUCCGGCUGGAACCAAAUAUUCUCCCUGGCAAAUGUAUUCACUACUGGCAUUGCAGCAUCUCUUCUAGCUGGCAAGCAUGUCAAGCGUACACGUUAUGCGUACCAGCUCACUAUUGCUUGGCUCCAUGUACUCAAAGCGCAGGCAUAUGAUGAAUUCUGCCGCGAGGGCUAUGGGCCUCAUGAAUCUAUGGAGAUGUGGGAGAAGAGACUCAUCAGCAAUGCUCCAACAAUCUGCUACUGGACAACAGUGAGAGACUACCUGUUAAUCAAAUGUUUAUGUCCCUACAGGCACGUCGUGAUGCAAACAUAGACGAAUUAUUCAAGCACGAAAAUCAGUGUGAACCUAUGUCCUUAUCCGAUCGAGGCAAGCUACGGUGUGGAACAAAGUCGGAUAUACUUGGCUGUCUACCAGGCAUGCCUGCUCCUGGUCACUCUCAAGCAGCCAAAGGGGCGUCUGUGCUUGUUCUCGACAUGGCGGCAGUAAUAUACAUCAUUAAACCCCAGCGUGCCUGCCAGAGAGAGUGUUUGGAGACUACACACAGAUGCAAUUGCUCCCAUACUUGCAAAGCCAGAUGACGGACAGCACGACGAGAGUGGACGCAGUAUGGGACACAUAUACAGAGACUAGUCUGAAGUCACAAACUCGUGCCAAGCGGGGUGAAACUGCAGCGCGCCGAACACGAAUCUCAGCCAAGAUACCUAUGCCAAAAGGUGCCGAAUGGCAGACAUUCCUCAAA